GUCAAGUAAACAUAACAUUUCACUGAAACUACACAGGACGGGUGACGUGUAUUUACGGGUCCUUCGGACUUCCGGGUUCUGUGUAAACAGGGCGCAGCCGGUGUCUCAUUGCUCAAAACAUGUCUAAAGCAACGUUUAAAAUCACUCUGACGUCGGACCCCCGGCUGCCGUUCAGAGUACUAAGUGUCCCGGAGAGCACGCCAUUCACAGCGGUUUUGAAGUUUGCAGCUGAAGAGUUCAAAGUACCAUCAGCAACCAGUGCAAUAAUCACUAAUGAUGGAAUAGGAAUCAACCCUUCCCAGACCGCUGGGAAUGUGUUUCUAAAGCAUGGCUCAGAACUUCGCCUCAUUCCCAGAGACAGAGUGGGAGGACAGGGAGCCUGACGGCAUCAUGACUCAUCUUGCUUAAUCGUUUAACAUUUGAGACCCAGGAAACACCUCGGUGUGUGUCAUACUGUAUUUAUUUUCUGGCCCACAACUGACUGACUCACAGGAGAGAGUAUCUGAAAACUGAUCAUGACAUGCACACACAGUUUGCAUGACCCCUGCUUCGUUGCCAGUCUUUUUGUUUGUUUGGUUAUUUUAUUCUUGCCGUCCUAGUUUCACCAAGAGAUCGGUGCAACGUCAAGACUUCAUUAAUGUACACAAAUGCAGGCUGAAUCUCAGAGAAGAGCUUUUGUACCUCUGUAGAUCAAAAUAAAUCCAUGUGAAUAACAAAAACCUGCCUGUUUGUACUGUGCACUGCAAAAGUGAAGAUUGUAAUUAAAUUUUAAGUUGCAUCAUUAAUUUCAGGACGCUUUGGAUGUGAAUAUGCAGUUGACAUGAAACAUUCUGUCAGGCAUCUGCUCUCAGAAAAUUAUUCCUCAACAGAUGGGCUAAGCAGACGUGAGUCACAGAUCAGUACAAAAUUUGUACAGCAGGACUGGCUUCUUUCCAAAUUAGACAAACACAUCUGCAAAAAAAAACUCAGUAUUUUGAAGUUUCUAUGCAAGAACAGUGUGACCAUUGUGCAGUCAGAUUGUAAAGACGUGGAUCUUUGCUGCCCUCUGGAUUGUUUCUCUUUAAUGGCAGCUUUUUCUGACAAAAAUGUCUUCAGACGAUGCCUCAUAUUUACACAGUAAAUGUAAUUUAAAAAAAGGUUAAGUGAUGUACUGUAGCUCAAUUACAAGGCGAUGACCAAUGCAGAUAUCCAAAAAGCUUGGGUUCAAAUAUGAAAUACCAGAAUUUCUCACAACAGUGCAACUGUAGUCUUUGUCCACAUUUUUUUUCCCUCCUCCUACUGGCAGAUUUUCUGUGGGCAUUUUUACAGUCUUGAUAUGAAGUUGCCAAAUUAUUCCAAUUAAAAAUAAAACUUUGACUCCGAG